AUGACUUACGAAAUGGCCACAAUCAUCGAGGCGACCUCACUAUCAUCCGUAACGAGCAUCGCCACCAAUCCACCUCCGCAUCCCAACGCUCCGUCCGACAUUCCGAAUCUGCCGCUCGUGCUCUACAUUGCACGAGUACCUGGAAGCCGCGAUGUAUUCCUCACGCCGAUGAAACCACGCGAAAAGGUCGUGUCCGCCGAGGAUGUCCAGAGCUCGCUGUACUACAUUCACAUCAAUUGCGAAGAGGAUCUUCAAUCAGCUUGUCAACUACCGACAUCAGUCAAUUCCGAUGCCGACCAGAUUCCAUCCAUAUGCGAGAAUGAGAUCAAGAAAAAGCCGGUCCUUCCCACGAGGCUGAGGCCGACGCUCCCUCCCUAUCCGCUGGACGAUGGAACGAUGCCGAGCUACCAUUCACGACCGCCGAGUCCGCCACAGCGCAAACAGAUCACUCGGAAGCCUGUCAAUGCCACAAGCAGAUCAUAUCACACUACGACCCAGUCACCAGAACUACCUGUUCUACGCCCUCGCCCACUUCCUUCACUACCACAAGAAGAACUACCAUACGAAGCAUCCCUCCACUCCAACAACGUCCGUCUCCUCCAUCACACAGACAACUCCCAAGCGAACAACCCAUACCUCCGCGAGUACCCUCCCUCCGAUCCGCCCCUCGAUGAGCUUCCCCUCCCUCCGCCAGGGUCUCUAACCCUCAUCCGCCGCGACCCAUCAUCCAACGAACAAUGGAACGUAGCCCUAAUCCACGAUCCACCGAUCCACGAGAUCAGCUCGGCCGCACUCCGUAAUCCGACCGCGGCCGCGCGGACUAAACGAGGAGGUGCACCACUCUACCUCGACAUCUCCAACCCAGGGUACGAAAAAUUUCUCUUUGGCGAGGAAGAUGAGCGGGCAGGAUCUCGGAUCAGUAGCUCUUCGACUUCCUCCUCCUCCAGUGAUCCUCCGCCAGAAGGUGUAUUCCGGCGAAGACUUUUCAUGCCCGGGUCUCAGCUUAGUGAGCACAGCUAUAGGCAUUCUCGUCUCGGAUCGAACGGUUCUGAGGACUCCAUCCCACGACAUCCCCCACAUAGAUCCUCCGCCGCGAUCGACGACCGCCGCCACAAGGGCUAUACCUUCACCAGUCCGUGGUCGGGACGUUGUGAAUUCUCCACCGGUACGACUGGUAAAAGUCUCACAUGCCGCCACACGCUCCCUUCACACCAUCAACCCACCAGAGACCCGCUCUCGUCCUCCGAAGUCAGCGAGCUACGCUUCAACCUCCCAACCUCCAGCCGCACAGCAGAAGCAGUAAAGACCAAACGAGCGUCCUACUUCCACGGCGGUGUUCGAGCGCUCCCGCACUCCGGGGAGCGACACGACGAGAAGAACGACGGCUGGGACUCACCUCGGUCGAGCAUGUUCACGUUGGGCGAGGACGGCAAGAUGGAUCUGACGCUCGGACAAGAGCGAGCAGGAGGAGGGUUUGGAGGCAAGCAGGCGAAAUUGGGGAAAUUGAUCAUUCAGCCGGCGGGGAUGGAGAUGUUGGAUUUGUUGGUGGCGGCGAAUAUGGGGCUGUGGUGGAGGGCUUAUGAGAGGUAUUGA